UAGAAGUUUUGUAUUGGUGGUGUUUUAAUAUUUUACAGAAAAUGAAAUAUGUACAUAUUGAUUAGAAAAAUAUAACAAGCAAAACUUCCUGCUAACCCCAAACGUUCUGUCUUUGUAAUCAAGAUGUGUAGUGAUGAUACUUGAACUCUGUACUUAGUGUUUGUCUGAUUCUUAAAACGUCCCUGGGGAUGGAGUUUGAUGUAUCCUUUGUAUUUAAACCAAAAUGAAUUGAUUCGUGUCGGAAUGUAUGUGAUAUAAUGCAAUGGUUAGAGCUCAUCACUGUAGCACUGAGAGAGGAGUAGAGCUUCACGAGAGAAAAGGAUACUUUCUGAUUUGUUUUGCACAGGUAUGUGUGAUGAAGAGUUGUUUGGUGUGUCCCCUUAUUGUAGUGCCUUAAAUGAUGAUGUAGUGUGAAUAGAGUUUACAGUGAGCUUGCCUUAUGAGGGACCAGCAAGCCCCCGUCGAAUUGAAGCAAUUCACUACGCUUCCCACAGCAAGAACAGCAGUCUGUUGCAUAGGUGCAUUGUUCUCAGUUUUAAUGCUGUCAUAAAAAGCAACAUUUUUGUUGGAGUGAAGCGAUGUUCCCUUACAGCUGUUCCUGGAAAUGGCACAUGUCCUGUUAGCUGUCUGUCGGUGCAUUUCGAAUAGGGUAGUGCUGGGAAUGCAUUGGAAUGUUUAGUCUCAUAUUGCAGAAGUGAUUAAAUACGUGCAAUCACUUUUUAUUAGAUUAGUAUGGCGUUACCUUCCCCCACGUUAAUAGUAGACAUUUCCUGUAAAGUAUUGCUAGCUUGGUGAUAGGAUAUUUAUACCAAAGAGAGCCUGCUGUAAAGCACAUAAUACCAUUAAGAAGUUUUCUAAUGCUGCUGCUAAUGUGGAGUUGUUGGGAAGGUGUCAGCUGUAUGCUAGUUAGUGUGCAGAGGAAAUACAACCAUGCUUUGUUUCCUUGGGUCCCUCGUGCCAGGAAUUAUUGCUCAUCUCCAGUACACAGACCAGGACUGGCCGGGUGGCAGCCAGGCUGGCUCGGGCAGCAGAGUUACGCAGCAAUAAGAGGUUUUGGUAACCUUGAAUCCCAGUUCUAGCCCGUCCCAGUGGAAGAUGGUCCGGUUCUCUGAUGUGAGAAGUGCAAAAUUAACUUCUGAAAUUCCAUGUAUUUGAUAGAAGGAAGUCUGGGCUGAGCUGACGUUGAGGUUUGGUGCCUCUUUCAGCAGAGGGCUGAAGGACUUCGGAACUGGACGGUAGCAUUAGUGAUGUUGUUGUUUGGUGUGUUUGUGGUCAGAGCACUUCUGUAGCUGUGAGGAUACCCAAUGGAUUGUGCUGUUUUACAUCAUGGGUGUAAACAACGCUCUUUGUUGCUGUAAGCACUUUCUUGUUUCCAUAUUACGUUGCUUGUUUGCAGUACUUCCCUUCAGAUACCUCCUGGGUACAGAGUUGUGCCUUUCCAUCAAAGGCAAAACAAGUUCCAGUUCCCGUGUCUCAGAAAACCUUAUGUCUUGUACAUAAAUAGGCAAUGUUAUGUACGAGGUCCAAAUUGGAAGUAAAUAAAUAUAUAAAUAAACACCAGCAGCAAAAUGUGCUGGGAAUUUGGGUGAGACCCUCCCAACCCCCCCAGAAAGUAGAUGAAAAUGACCAUUAAAACGAAUGUAUUCACAGAGCACGGUAACACCUCUUGCACUGUCCGUGUUUCCAAAAGCAUUGGAACAAAGAGGACGAGAUGGGAAUGAGAUUAGAAGGAUGAAACCUGCUCUGUUACGACAGGUCUCUUUCCCUGAGGCUCCUCUUGUGACAGACACACAGUGUGAGGCAGAUGGACGGAGCUGCUCCUGCAGCUUCCCAUCCCGGUGUGCUGCUCUGAGCCCAGGAAGGAGCUGCAUCCCUCCUGCCCACGCACACCCAGCUUUCCCAUUCGUUUCAAUAACCAGCUGUCCUCAUUUCAGAGCUGCUACACAGAUUCCGCAAAUCAAUGCUCUCCGGAUCGAAAUUGGAGUCCUUUUGAAAUUUCUUUUAAACCCAUUUUGGGAUUCACCAUUGGAAUUUUGGGUAACCCACCCGGAUCCCUCUGUGAUCCACGAACUGAAAUCAGAGUUGUUCCUAUGGGCAAUCUGCACUCACAGCUGUGACAGCCACUGCAGAGGCAACUCCUGAGCCUCCCUGCUUAGCACCUAAUUGAUGGGAUGCAGUAAUUAACCUCUGACUCAGCGAUUUCUUUUAGUACAUUAAACUAAAUUGCUUCUAAAUGACAGGAUUGGCACAGCCCUGCUUUCUUUUAUUUAAAGUUCUGAAUGGUGCCGCAUGUCCACAUGGUUGUUUGUUGCUAAACUUUAUAUAAAUGUGUGAUUUCAGAUUCAGCUUGGAAUAUAUCUAUCUCACUACAUGUAGCAGUACAUUAUAUGUAACGUUAGUAUUUCUGCUUGGAUCCUUGAUAUUGCAAUGGAAUUCCUACUUUACUAAAUGUAUUUGAUAUGCUAGUUACUGUGUACAAUUUACCUUUCUUUUCUGGUUGUGCUCUUCCUUUUUACAAGCCGGUAGGUGCAGGUAGUUCCUGACAUUACUGAUCUAUGUUUGUAUUGCUGAUGUACUUAGGGGGUAUGUAAAAAUCAUUUUAACAAAAGAAAUAGCUAUUUAAAAAUUUAAUACUAACUAUAUGGGAGAAGGGUCCAUUGUGAAAACAUAGUUUAUCUUUGGAUUCAAUGUUUGUCUUUGGUUUUACAAAGUAGCUUGUAUUUUAAGUAUUUUCUACAUAAUAUGGUAAAGAUGUAGAACAAUUGCAAUGCAUCAAUAAAAAGGGUUAAUUUUCUGUACUCGAUCCCUGGGGUCUCUCGGUCUCUCGGAGGGUCGGGGCUGCGGAGCCGCCGGAGUUAAAGCGCACUGGAAGCUCCCGGGGCCGCCUCUCGUCCCAUCUGGAUUCAAUCAGGGCCGCCAGCAUUCCUGAGCGCUGAGCUGCUUCCGCGCUGCCGCACUCCGGCGGCCAUGGGGCCCUGGCGCUGCCUGCUCCUCCUGCCGCUCCUCGCCGCGGCACAGCAGCAGCAGUUCAUGGAGUACGUGGAGCGGCGGCUGGUGAUGCUGGAGGAGAGGAUCGCGCAGUGGCACGAUCAGAGCAGCCGGUACUCCACGGAGCUGCGGGACUUCAAGAACCAGGUGCUGGGCAUGCUGGAGACGGCGGAGAAGGAACGCGAGGCUCUGCGGACCGAGGCGGAGAGCGCGGCGGCGCGGGUGGACCGCCUGGAGCGAGAGGUGGAUUACCUGGAAACGCAGAACCCCGCACCGCCCUGCGUGGAGGUGGACGAAGUGCUGACGGAGAAGCAGGCGGCCACGGCCAAGCAGAGGAAGAACGAGAAGUACAGCAAAGUGACGGACUGCAGUGACACCAUUGCAAGUGUCAGAGCCAUGAAGAUCCUGAAGCGUUUCGGCAGCGCUGUGGGGCUCUGGACCAAAGAUGCUGCAGGGAACUCCGAGAAGAUUUACGUCUUCGAUGGCAGCGCCAACGACACGGUGUUCGUCUUCCCCCGCAUGCGGGAGUUCACGCUCUUCUCGGCCACGCGCCGCGCAGCCCGCAUCAAGCUGCCCUACCCCUGGCUGGGCACCGGGCACCUGGUCUAUGGAGGAUACCUCUACUACAUCCGCCAGCAGGGCCCCUUCCAGGUGAUCAAGUUUGACCUGGCCAACAAGACGGUGGUGGACAGCUCGGUGUUCCCGGCAGAGGAGCAGAUCCCCGUCUUCGGGCUCUCCCCCUUCACCUACAUCGAGCUGGCGGCGGAUGAAGAAGGGCUGUGGGCCAUCUACGCCACCAAGGAAAACGAGAAGAACAUCUGCCUGGCUAAGCUGGACCCCGACUCGCUGGACAUCGAGCAGAUGUGGGACACGCCGUGCCCGCGGGAGAACGCCGAGGGCGCCUUCGUGGUGUGCGGGGCUCUGCACGUGGCCUACAACACCCGCCUGCCCAGCCGCUCCCGCGUGCAGUGCGUCUUCGACGUCAGCGGGACGCUGCCCCCCGAGGAGGCUUCCCUCGUGUACUUCCCCAAACGCUACGGCUCCCAUUCCAGCAUGAAGUACAGCCCCCGCGAGAGGCAGAUCUACGCCUGGGACGACGGCUACCAGAUCAUCUACCGCAUGGAGAUGAAGAAGAAGCUGGAGGUCUGAAGGGCCACUGCAAAAGCCUGGACUGAUGAAAUGAGGUUUUCUAUUCUGUGAUGCAAUGAAUAAAUGCUAUGCAGCA